AUGUCGUGGCCAGAAGUAACAACUGUUCAUGAAAAUAAACGUUAUGAGUUAGUAUUAAGUGGUCAAGAAAUAUCUGAUCGUCUUCAAAAAUCAGAUGGACAACUCGAUCCAGCAAUAUUCAAAUUAAAACAAAUAAAUUUUCUUGAAAUAACUCGCACUAGUCUUUCAGUACUCUCAUCUGAUGUUUCACAACUAAUCAAUUUAACCACUCUCACAUUGACAUCGAAUAAAUUACGUGAUCUAUGUCCACAAUUAGCCGAAUUACGAAAAAUGAAACAUUUCAAUGCAUCCUAUAAUGAACUAGAACAAAUUCCCGAUCAACUUUUUACUAAUUGGCUUGAAAUUGAAACAAUUAAUUUAAGUCAUAAUCGUCUAACACAAUUGUGUCCAUUUCCCAAGGGUUUACAUAAAUUAGCCGUACUCAAUUUGGCCUAUAAUCAAUUUCAAGAAUUUCCUCAAUUAUCAACAGAUUUAGAUAAUUUAUCAACGUUGGAUAUAUCAUCAAAUCAACUCGUUGAAAUACCAAAAUAUUUAUCAAGUUUAACACAACUGAAAUUAUUUCAACUAGAUAAUAAUCAAAUAAAAGAGAUACCAGUCGAAUUAUCACAAUGUGUGAAAUUAAAGGAACUACGUUUCAAAAAUAAUCCAUUGAAAGAUAAUCGUUUGAAAAAAUUAAUGGAACAAGAUAAAUUAAAAGCGGUCUUGGAAUAUUUGGAAAAAGAUUAUGUUGAACAGCAAAAAAGCUUACAAAAAGACAAAUCAAAAGGCGAUAAAUCUAAAACAGUGCAAUCGACAGUGGCGAUUAAAAAAACAGGUCAACAACAGCAACCAUCAGUUGUUGACAAAAUUCAUGUCAUGUAUUUUGAUGAAAAAGAUCUAAAAGGAAGACAAAUCACAUUAUUACCUCGUGUGUUACCUGUUCGUCCUCAUAUUUUGUGUUGUAUUGUUCGACAAAUUGAUUUGAAAACACCCGGUAAUUUAAAGAAAUUCCUGAAUUUACAAAAUGAAAUACAUGAUGAAUUAUGUGUUAAACGUACAUUGGCUACAAUCGCUACUCAUGAUUUAAAUUUAAUCAAAGGCAAUUUAAUAUAUGAUGCACAUGAUCCAGAUGAAAUUGGAUUUAUACCUCUAGGACGUAAUAAACUUAUUUCAGCUCGUGAUUACUAUGAUCAAUUAUGUAAAGAUGCUGAACAAGAACGUAAAGCAAAAAAACGAAAUCAAUUGUCUGGAUUAAACAAGUAUUUAACAUUACUUACUGAUCAACAAUAUUUUCCAUGUUUGGCUGAUAGUGAGCGAUUUGUUAUUUCAUUACCACCACUGACAAACGCUGAAAGAACAAAAAUGACUGCUCAAACACAAGAUAUUCUAAUUGAAAUAACAAGUUCCAAUACAAUUGAUGCUUGUAAACGUGUUAUGGAUGAAUUAUUACGCGGUAUGUUAAAAAUACGUUUAGGAAAACAAAAUGAAAAAUUACAAUUAAAAGUGCCAGCCGCUGAUGCUACGGUAGAAUCAAGAUUUGAUGUUUUAUCGACGGAUGAUGAUGAUGACAAAGACGAUGAGAAUGAGGAGGAUGAUACAAAUGGUUCACAAAUUCGUCAAACACUCAUUUUACAGCAGACUCGUAUUGUUGAUCAAAAUGGUGCAUUAAAAACUGUUUAUCCAUCUCGAACAGAUUUAGAAUGGGUACAAAAUGAUCCAAAUUAUAAUGAUAAGAAAAAUGAAAACUAUUAUCAAUCGCCAUCCGCUUCUCAACAACUUCCAUCAUCAUCUGUUUUAAAUUAUCAAUCUCGUCAACCAAAAACAUCUACGUCAAGAAUGGCUACCAAUAAUAGUGCAAUGGGUGAUUGUCGACUCGAUAUGCAUUUAUCAUCCUCAACUAUUCCGUUGGUUCAACAACAAUAUCAACAACAACAGCCAGAGACACCAGUAAUGGAUAAUGUACCAUUAUUACCCGUUGAUACAAAUAACGAUGGUAGUACAACGAUAAAUGGUAGUAGUGCAAAUGGUGAUGAAACGAUACAUAUGAAUAUUGGUGAUCCGAUAGGAGAAAUUAGAACUCAAGCCAGAGGUGAUAUUAACAGUGAUCAUGUACAACAAAUUGUCAGCGUUCUCAAAGAUAAUUUAACAUCUACAUUUCCAUUUGCACUUAUACUUGUUUUAAAAGCAUUCUAUGAUCAUAGUGCAGGUAUAUUAAUGAUUGUAUUUUUUUCGGCCAGUAUAUAUCAUGCAAAUACUGUUCUUGUAGAACAAGCCGCAUUAAAAUCUAUGCGUCGUAUAUUUCCCAUUAUACGUGUUAUGUGUAUAUUAAUUAGUAGUUUAACAUUAUUUUUGUAUUUAUUUCGAAACGAAAAAUUUUAUAAUAAUUUAAUAUUUGGUUUACCAAUAUAUGCAAAAUGGGAUUUGUGGACAUUGUUAUGGGUAUUAUAUUCGACGUUUUGUAUUGUUAAAAUGUUUGCCAUGUUGUUAAAAGCCACACUCAUUUUAUUACCCGGUAAAAGUAGUAAACUCAUUUCAUAUCGUAAUCGAGGAUGUUAUUUUUCAAUUAUUGAAUGUACAUCACAAUUUUACAUUAGUCUAUUAACAAUUCGACCAUGGAUAGCAUUUAUUCUUGAUGUUAAUGAUCAUAGUAUAUUAUUUAGUGGAGUUAUACUCAUAUUUUAUACAAUCCUCAAGUCGUGUACUGUAUAUAAUUCAGUUGUUUUAUUAAAACGAACAAUUCAUGAAUCAUUACAAUCACUACCAUUUCCCUAUGCUACAACUAAUGAUUUAGCACAUAUUGAAAAUAUGUGUCCAAUAUGUCGAUGUGAAUAUAGAGAUCCAAUACUUCUUACAUGUAGACAUAUAUUUUGUGAAGAUUGUGUAACAAGUUGGUUUGAUCGAAAUGCUAAUUGUCCAUUGUGUCGAGCAAAAUUAGCAAUAAGACAAUCAAGUUUUCGUGAUGGAUUUACAAGCGGCUAUUUAAUAUGGUACUGA